AUGACGCAAAGAACCACAUUUGUGGCCGAACAGUUAGUUGCAAAGUAUGAUAAUUGUCGAUGCUUGGGAGUCGAUGGCUCUUGCGGUGUAAUAGAGUUGACAAACUAUCGUCUUUCCUUCAUCCCACAUGGUGGUUUACGAUCUACACUUUAUUCAGUUCCUCUGACUACUAUACAAUCGAUUGAGUUGAAAAAAUCUUGCAGAACUGAUCAAGUUACUCAACAAACCGGUCUUUUUCUAUUUUGUAAAGACAUGCGGCAACUUCGUUUUGUUCUACCGAGUGUCUCAAUUCGAGAUGAUAUAGCGAAAUAUAUUACAGAAGUUAUUCGUCCAACUUAUCGAACUAGACCCCUUUUCGCUUACACUUUCGCCGAGGUGUGUCUUGCGAAAGGACUUUAUCUCGAAUCUGGCUGGGACAUUUACAUUCCAGAGGAUGAAUACCACCGGCAAAAUGUUGUUAACAACGGUUGGCGAAUUAGUAAGGCGAAUGAGGGUUACAAGAUGUGUCGCACAUAUCCUGAAGUUCUGGUCGUUCCAGUGAAGGUGAGUGACGACAUUCUGGUGAGAUGCGCUCCGCACAGGGCUCAUGGCCGAUUGCCAGUUCUCUCUUGGCUCCAUCCAGAGAGUCGAGCCAGCCUAACUCGAGCUGCUCAACCACUUGCUGGCCCUUCGGCUCGAAGAAAUGAAGCCGACGAGGAACUUGUCCGCAGUAUACGCGAUGCCAAUGCCAAUACUGUCAAUCUCCUCGUCUUUGAUGUUCGACCACAAUUUACAGCAGUGGUUAAUCGUGGACGGGGGGGAGGAGUCGAGAACCCAGCCUUCUAUACCAACAUCCAAUACUCCUUCAUGAAUAUUCCCAAUCUUCAUGCAAUGCGGGCCUCUUUCACAAAGCUAAUGGCUGCCGUAACAUCAGUCACACUAGCACAACAAGAUGGUACCCAAUGGCUCAAAACUAUCCACGAAACUAAGUGGCUCUACAAUACUCACCAGAUCCUCUCUGCAGCAGCUGCUGUCGCCGAUCAGGUUGAAAAUCACAAAUCAUCGGUUCUAGUUCACUGUUCAGAUGGAUGGGACCUUACACCACAAGUGACUAGUCUCGCAAUGCUAAUGCUUGAUCCUUACUACCGCACUCUUAAGGGCUUUCAAGUUCUGAUUGAAAAGGAGUGGAUCUCAUUUGGGCACAAAUUCUGUCAACGCACCGGUGGUCCAGCUGAUGGAGGAAACCUAGUCUUACCUCACGUUCCACCCUCUAACACGUCCAGCAAAGUGGAAGCUUCCAGCCUUGAGGAACGCUCCCCCAUUUUCCUCCAGUUUAUUGACUGCGUUUGGCAAAUAAUGACCCAAUUUCCUGCUUCUUUUGAAUUUAAUGAGACCUUCCUUAUCACCAUACUAGAUGAACUCUACGCUUGUCGAUUUGGAACUUUCCUCUUCGACUCGGAGUGCGAGGCCCGCAACAACUUUGGGCGGAAUAAAACUAUUUCGCUUUGGGCAUAUAUCAACUCUAAUACGAGAGCGUAUUUGAAUCCCACGUAUACACCAGCUGAAGUAUCUGGGCAUCGUCUGAUCAUCCCAAGUGCUAUGUCUUACCAUCUGGAGCUGUGGAAGAGUUAUUAUCUGCGAUGGCAAGCAUUCAUGCGCUGCCAGGAGCCGAUUGUUUCUCACAGUGCUAUGGUAUUGGAACGAAUGCAGAAGUUUAGAGCUUUUUCACGGCAAAAUAAACGGUCACAGGAUGGAGAUGGUAAUGUUGAAGGAGCUUCAACAGGAGACUCCGUCUUAUCUCUUCCCUUGGCUGAUAAGAGAGACACUAUGGAUCCAGGGCUCAAUCUACCCAUAGUACAAUCGACUGUCUCGCCGCGACGUAUAUUUCCACGAUUUCCGAUCUCUGGUGCUACUGGAGGUAUUGCCUUAGAGAAGGCCUCUUGA